GGCCGCCAUUGUCUACGAUAGCGGUCCUCGGUGGACAGGCCAAUCUACCAUGCGAUAUUCGACCAUCUCAUCGCAACGAUUCCGCUAUCUUGAUUGUCUGGUACAAAAGUGAUACCCGAAGUGACAUCCCGAUCUACAGUUUUGACCUGCGCGGCAAGCAUUCGGAGAAACCGUUACAUUGGAAGGAUAAGGAUUAUCUCAGCAAUAGGGCAUUUUUCAGCACAUCAACGGAUCCAGCAACUUUGUCCGUUAACGACGUACAGGAACAGGACGAAGGCGAAUACAGGUGCCGAGUGGACUUUACCACAAGUCCGACUAGAAACUUCAGAAUUCAAUUGACAGUGAUAGUGCCGCCACAAAAGCCGAACAUUAUCGACGAACACGGAAAGGCCGUCCCAGCGGUCGCCGGCCCUUACGAAGAAGGUGGUGACAUGAGACUGCAGUGCCUCGUCUCUGGGGGUCGUCCCGAACCUAAAGUGAGAUGGUGGCGCGGAGAAACGCUUUUAGAUUCUAAAGAUGAACCGGGCGAAUUUCCUGCUCUUCGUAGGAACACGCUGAUCGUCAGAGAAUUGUCAAGAGCGGAUCUUCACGCGAUGUUUGAUUGUCAAGCAUCCAACAACAAUAUUAGUCAACCCAUGUCGACGUCAGUGAUGAUUGAGAUGCAUCUGAGGCCACUGAGCGUGACGAUACUCAGCAGCGAGCACGCACCCCUCAGCGCCAAUCGGAAGUACGACAUCAAUUGCAUGACGGUGGGUUCGAGGCCACCGGCUAGAUUGUCCUGGUAUAUGGACGGCAAGAAGCUCACCAAUCACACGGACAAGGUGUCGCAGGAUGGGAAUAUGACGAGUUCCAUCUUGACGUUUCAGCCCACUCUAUCACAUCACGAAAAAGUUAUCACAUGCAGAGCUGAAAAUUCCAAAAUCCACCUUGGUAUAGCAGAGGAUACGUGGAAACUGAACGUUUUUUUUGUUCCAAUUUUGCGCCUGCAGCUCGGUUCAAAUAUGAAUCCCGAUGACAUCGAGGAAGGUGAUGAUGUAUACUUCGAAUGCAAAGUUCACGCGAAUCCGGAUGCCUACAAAGUCGUGUGGAAACAUAAUGGCAACGUGAUUACGAAUAACGCGAAGAACGGCAUCAUAGUCCAGCAAUAUGGUUUGGCUCUCAGAGAGGUGAAUCGGUCCCAGGCCGGAAAUUACACCUGCGUCGCCAGCAAUGUCGAAGGCGACGGCUACAGCAAUGUCGUCGAGCUUAAGAUCAUGUACAAGCCGAUCUGUGUGCCGGAUCAGAAGCGAAUCUACGGGGUGGCGAGGCACGAGGACGCUCGGGUGAAAUGCAGGGUCGAGGCGUAUCCGCCGCCGGAGAGCUUCCGCUGGACCUUUAACAAUACCGAGGAGAUGGUCGACGUGCCGCAUGCGCGUUACAAGAACGAGACGAGACAUUCCGAGAGCGUCCUCACAUACCGGCCGGUCUCGGAAAUGGACUACGGCACCGUGCUCUGCUGGGCGAGCAACACGGCCGGCCAGCAGAAGAAUGCCUGCAUAUUUCACAUCAUUCCUGCGGGCAAACCGGAAGCUCCGUACAACUGUACGCUGACCAACCAGACCACCGAAUCACUCUCGGUGGAAUGCACCGCUGGUUUUGACGGUGGUCAGCCGCAACACUUCCUCCUUGAAGUGUUCGAUCAGCACACGGGGAUCCUGCAGGCUAACGUCACGUCCAGAGAGAAUGCGGCUUUCACCGUGCAGGGCUUGGAGCCGGGCAGAGUACUGAAUAUGAUCCUGUACGCGGUAAACGCCAGGGGAAGAAGCGAUCCCGCAUUGCUCGAAGGUUUCACGCUCAAAGUUGCCGAGAAGCAGACUGGUACCCCGGUACCCUUCGAGUUCACUCCGCUACUCGGAACUUUGAUCGGCGUGGUCACCGCACUUUUGCUCGUCACCGUCACCAUUCUAGCCGCGCUGAAAGUGAGAAGUGAGAGGCGAGCUCAAAGGCCGGGCGAUUUGCCUCUAAAGAAGGCCACUGCACCGAGCUCGGAAGACCUUUACGACGCGGACGACAGAAAUCCGGACGUUGUGCCAACCAACAAAGAUUCAGAUUAUCAGCUAACCGGCUCAACUUCCGGCACACCGCUGGCAACGCAAAACACACCGGACGGUCUUCCACCAUCGUCCCUUCCGACUCAGACGAAUAAUCACCUACAAGGACUUCCCGCCUAUUCACAUAAUGACUAUAACAAUUAUCCAACCUUACCGUUGUCCGGGGAGGUGACGUACGCCGAACUGUGCCUAGCGAGACCCACCACCCUGUCGAAUCUGGUGACCGAUGCCAAACUGGCUAGUCUCGGCGGCGGAGUCGGCGGUCUGGGUGGUCUUCAGGGUUACGGGAGCGGUCUCGGGGUGAUCGUGGGCGGCAAGCCGUACACGAAGGAAGCCACGGUCUAUGCCUGCAUCGACCACAACGCCAGGCCGCCCAAAGUGGACGUCUCCAAUGCGUCGUCGUGCACGACCACUCCCCUAACGACGGCGAACGUGAUUCAAGAUUUCACCGUCGCCACCGUGACGAGCGGCAAGCAUCACCCGGCGAGAGAAGUCGUCACCGUCCGCACGCCCCUGAUCUCGACCCAGGAGAGCUGCGUAUAGGGACGCGACACCGACGCGCUCAACGUCAACGAGUACUACGUCUGAUAUGGCCGCCGGCUCGUGGCGAUCGUGCGCGUCUUCGUGGUGCGCGACCUUUCGAUUCUUGGACUCUGCCUUUCCCCGACGACGUCCUCUCGAUGAGUUCCCUCGGGAAAGGUAUGCCUAAACGAUGGCGAAUUGUAAGUUUCGUCCGCGACGCGUCGGGACAGUCGCGUGAGCACGUCGAGCGACGUGAUCGCUCAGCUUUCAGAGGUACGGACUACUUCGCUCGACGCCAACGACCACCGAGUGGCAGUGCUUGUGUCUGAAAUGGACAAACUUCUCGUGAAUCGUGACCGACGACCGACGGCCGUACAACGAGGAAAACGAUCGGAUAGUUGCCCUUUGGUAAGAGAGUCAUAAAGGUGAAUCGUAUGGAGGAUAACGAAAGAGCCGGAUGUCUUUGAACACUAUCUAUCUAUUGCAUCAGUUUGCAAAUCCUGUCGAGGCACUGCAGAACUGACCAAAUGGUCUUGAAGAAUACAUAUCGAAAAAUUCCAAUAUCGAGUAACACACCAAAUUCCUUCGUUUUGACGUUUUAUUAUUAUGUUUCGCUUAUAUGGCAUAUACACACACAUACACUUUA